AUGUCCCGGUCGGAUGAAGUGAUAAAGCUCGAAGAUUCUUCUGACGUUGAUAACUCAAUCCAGUCUGAAGGUGUUAGUGGCCAAUGCUCGAGUUUAGCAGACGAAAUCCAACGUUCAACUGAAGAGGAAGAACUUACAAAGACAACAGAGAGAAAGGGUAAGCUGGAAACAUGUGAAACCAAAACUGAAGGUGAGUGGCGCUGUUUUAACCAAGAGAAAAAUGGUGUUAGGGAAGAUGAGGAAUUUCCCAUCGUUUUAAGAGAGUAUGACGUAGAUGAUAUCAUCAAGGAAGAGUCUACUUACGAGGGCUCCGCGUCAAAUACCUCUAGCCUCAUAGCAUCGCUGACCAAGAUUUUUGAAAAGCAUGAGAAAGAAACAUUGUUUCAGACGAGAAGGAAGCUAAGAAUGAUCCUGAAACAAUAUCGUAAUAUAAAAGUGAAGGAGCUGGUGACUCGUUCGGAUUUCGAGCAGAUACUAACGAUGGCUGCACGUUUUGAGGAGCUAACCUCAGCUUCGGUAAGUUACAUCGCGAGGUUGUCCCUGUACACAAGUGUGAUAAAGAAAGGACCCAUGGCCUUACAGCGAUUCCAACUUGCGCAGCAGCGUGCCACAUUGCUCCGAGAGAUGGCCAAUGAGAAGCAGAAAAGAGUGAGCGCUGAGCUUGGAUUAGCUAAGGCUUUGGCUCAUAAAGGAGACACGUUGCAUGUCAAAUUAUUCGCUAUGGAGAAAGCCAUAGUGAAGUUUGAGGCCAAGAAGGAUGAGGUUGAGAUGAGUUUCCAAAAGAUUGUUGCGAAUCUAUCACUCCUCAUAGAGGAGGCUGCUCAGGCCUUUGAGGAGCAUCAUGUGGCUGCGCUUAAAUGGAAGGAGGAGGUGAAACCAUCUCUGGAGUACUCGUAUGAUGACAUCGAGAGCGCAGAGAGCGAUUGGGCUAGCUUUCUUAACACUCUCUAA